AUGAUCCAUUCACCAUCGUUGCUUUGGGUAUGGAUGGCUGAGGGAUUUAUACAGGAAGAUGGAAGUCGAAGGUUGGAGGAAAUUGCAAACAGUUACCUGACGGAUCUAGUUGACAGAAAUCUUCUAAUUGUAGAAAAUAGGUAUGUAACGGGUGAUGUCUUUGUUUUUAAAGUCCAUGAUCUUGUGAGGCAGGUAUGUGUGGAAAAAGGAAAAGAAGAAAGAUUCUUCCUGAAAAUAGAAUCACCACCAUCUAAUCGUCUUUAUGAUUUCAUAGGAAAACAAAUCAACAAAUUGAAAAAUCCGAAAAAGGUAAUUACCACAAAUAAGCAACGUCGUGUGGUCACACAUCAAGAAAUUGACAUUAUGAGUUUGUGUCUUUCGACCACCCCGAGUAUUCGAUCGCUUUUGUGCAAUCAUAGGAAAACAACCUUAACUGAUAAUAUCUCAAAGUUUGUCCAAUCGUUUGCACUUCUCAGGGUGUUAAAUCUAGAAAGAUGUAGAUUGAUUGAUUUUUCCCCCGGUUUAGCAUUACUAGUUCACUUAAGGUACCUUGAAAUUUGGAUUUCAUUAUUCCCAUCGUCAAUAUGCAAUUUAUGGAACCUUCAAACCCUUAUUGUUCACACAACUUCUGGUUCUAUGGUUUUACCUAGUAGCAUAUCAAAUUUGGUGAAUCUGAGGAAUUUAGACUGUAAAGCAGAUCUUUAUCUUCCUUUUAUUGGAAAACCUAUGAAACUGGAAAAUAUUUCAAAUGUUGUGGUGGGAGUUGGGGUAGAUAGUUUUAAGAAAUGUUUUCCCAGUAUCAAUGAUCUUACAUGUACUCUUUACUCUGAUGAGGAAAAUGACUUUGAAGUACUCCAUCACCUACAAAUCUUGAAGAUAAUUGGAUCGGGCUACAGCAGAAGGAGAUCUGUUGAGCGAGAAUUUGUCAGAGGUGAACCAAACCUGGGAAAAUAUCACAUUAGGUUCCCUGCAACAGUGAAAGAACUUGAAAUUGUAAGGUGUGGUCUACCGUGGAGCGACAUGUCAAUCAUUCAGUCGUUACCUAAUCUUGAGAGUCUUGUAAUAACACACAAUGGAUUUGAGGGAACCCUGUGGGAAACAGGUGAGGAGCCGUUUCAACGACUGAAAUUCUUGAGAUUUGCAGGAUUAAAUAUCAAACAAUGGGAAGCCUCAAGUAUUAACUUUCCAUGUCUUGAAGAAUUACAGGUAGGGGUUUGUGAUGAUCUUAUAGAGAUACCCCUUGAAUUAGGUGACAUCUCAACGCUUGAGUAUAUUAAAGUUUUUUUUUGUGGUGCUUCUCUUCUUGUAUCCCUUCAAAAAAUACAACAGGAGCAAGAUGAUGUCGGAAACUAUGAACUGGAGAUCUUUGUUGAUGGAAGGAAAAUGCCCUCUUGUAUACCCAAGCAUGAUGAUUAA